AUGGUUAAACUACAUAUAAAACAUGGUGACGAAAGUCAAUUUUUAUUAGAAACAACAACCAAUACACCAAUUGAUAAAUUAAUUAAUCAAAUAUCACUUAUAUACAAUGGUCGACUUAAAGUUCAUCGAAUUUGCAAUGAAAUGUCCAUGUUAGCUAAACAUGGUAUAACAUUACCUGUUAAUAUGCAAGGUUUAACUGAAGAACAAAUAACAGACUUAAAAUUAAAAGAUGAAUAUGCUGAUAAAUGUAUACCAAUGGAUGGUUAUGUUGAAGCAGAAGAUGUAACUGGAAAACGAAAUGGACGAGCUCCAACAGAAAAAAUGUGUUCAAUAUUAGAACGUACAAUUCAAGAAGCAAAAGAUAAAAUUUCUAAAAAAUUAGUUCAAGCUGAUCAAUGUGUAACAUGUGAUCAAAUUAAUGAAGCAUUACAACAAUUAAAAGGUGCUGUUAUGAUUGUUUAUCCAAUGGAUUUACCACCUUAUGAUCCAAUUGAACUUGAAUUUAAAAAUCAAGAAGAACUUGAUGGAACACAAGAUAGUCUUGAUGUUAUUCCAGAAACUGAUAUGACACUAUGGUUUAGUGGUAAAGAAAUGCAACGUGGUAAACUUUUGUCUGAUUUUGUUGGUAAAAAUGAGAAAACAAAACUAAUUGUUAAAAUUCAAAAGAAAGGUAAUGCUGCACCAGCUCGAGAACAUGUUGUAUCAAAUGAAGAACAAAAACAAAUGAUGGCUUAUUAUUAUAGAAAACAACAAGAACUUAAAAAACUUGAAGAAAGUGAAGAUAAUUCAUAUAUGGAUUCUGAAUGGGCUGAUCGAAAUGCAUUAAAACGUUCAUUUCAAGGUCUUAAUGAUAUUAAAUGGAAACCAAGAUAA